CACAAGUCGAGCGGCCGCGUCACCAUCGCGGACAGGUCGGUCGCUUGUUGUACUGCGGUACGCCCUCAUCAUGUCACAACAUCCGAAUGAGGUAGCAAGUUCCUCGUUGCCGGCGCAGCUGCUGCACCAUGUUACCCGUCGCCGGCAAAGGUUCUACGGCGUCAUCGCCAUCGCCCUCGUGCUGUUCGCCGCCCUCACCUUCAUCUACGGUGGCUUGGCUACCGGCUUGGACCUGACUUCGUACGUGCCACGACCGAAGGCCCCGUUGCCGCCCGCUCAUGCUGGUGACCACACCGGCGCCGGCAAUGUUGCUCAGGGCGCAGACGGCGAGAACGGGGACCAGAAGGCCCCGGACCCCGCCCCCGUAACCACCAUCACCACCUCGACACAGACGGACUCGGAACCCCAGGUCGCCCCGACGACCACCCAGGAACCCAGCACAAAGGCCGGCGACAAUGCGCAUCAGCCGACCGAGACCGAGGCGGUUAAGGUGGCGCCCGGAAUUCCCCCCAAGAUCUGGCAGAUCAUGCUGCCCAAAAGCGACGUCAAGUCCAAGGAGGAUUUCAUCGCCGAUCCCAAGGUUCUGUCUGAAACACCCUCUUGGCUGGCCCUGAACCUGGACUAUCAAUACACGCUCGUGGGCCACAAGGGUGGCGAGGAGUUUGUGCGCAAGCACUUUGGGCACGACCCCCGCAUUCUCGAUGCGUACCUGCACAUGCCCAACGUGGGCAUGAAGUCGGACCUGCUGCGGUACCUGCUGCUCUCGGCCGAGGGGGGCGUCUACACCGACACGGACACGGUCGCGCUGCGGCCCAUCGACGAGUGGAUCCCGCCCCAGUUCCGCGACAAGGCGGCCGUGGUGGUGGGCAUCGAGUUCGACCGGCGCGACGGCCCCGCCUGGGUCGACAUCUCGCACUGGGUCCAGUUCUGCCAGUGGACCAUCGCCGCCGCGCCCGGCCACCCCGUCUUCGACAAGAUGAUCGAGCGCGUCCUCUACUCGCUGCACCAGCUCGAGCUCGAGCACGGCAUGCCCUUCUCCGAGCUCAAGAAGCUCGGCAGCUUCGAGGUCAUGAACUCGACCGGCCCGGCCGCCUGGACCGACGUCGUCUGGGCCCAGCUGCAGGAGUUCGACAGCUCCCUCACCGACAUCAGGAACCUCUCCUACAUGGACGAGCCCCGCCUCUACGGCGACGUCGUCGUACUGCCCAUCGACGGCUUCGGCAUGGGCCAGCCCCACUCCGAGAGCACCAACGACGGCACCAUCCCGCCCGAUGCCCUGGUCAGGCACCUCUUCAGCGGCUCGUGGCGGGGCGACAAGAAGGAGAAGAAGAAGCGGCGCAGCCAAGACUGAUGGAUGGCCGGAAUAGGACCACUACCUUUCAAACGUGAUUUUUGGGUGCACAUGAGCGGCUGGUUUGGCAUGAUGAUUUAGACUCCAACCUGUAUUAUUGAUAUCUAGAGCUUCGUUUUCUCGGUUCGGAGUUGGGAACGGGAAUCGAUUAUGAAUCGGCCAUAUGGGGAUGAACGAGAGCAGCAGCAGCAGCAAGGUUGAGUGAGACAUCUCUGAAAGGAUCAUUCUUGGUUUGGCUUGACAAAACGUGUUGAAUAUUGUCAUGCAAAAAAUGAAGGCAUAUCAAAAUCUC